AUGAAGAAAGAAACUUGGCUCGGUGGUCCACCACAAUGGCAUUUCCCGAGAAAUACGAGAUACCAUUGGGUGUUCCUGCUGUGGUCAGCAAGUGCUAUGCUGCUGGGGUGCAGCGGCGCUGAGAUCACGUGCCCCGACGAGUGCAGCUGCCGCAGCACGUUCGACCCCGAGGCGGGCGUCGCCGUGCGCGUGGCGUGCACGCGCGGCCACAUGCGCGCCAUCCCCGUCGACUACAUCGACCGCGACGCGCACAUCAUCGUCAUCGCCGCCCCGCCAGACAAACCCAACGACCUCACCAUCGGACCCAUCUUCACACAACCCACCCCAUUCGUCAACCUGCGAGAACUACACAUCGUCAACUCAAAUGUUCCUUCCAUAGGCCAAUAUUCCUUUUGGGGACUCCAAAAUCUUAGGUUAAUUAACCUCACUCACAAUAAUCUCACCAGCAUCGGAGCGGACAACUUUCGAGGUCUCAUAAAUCUCACCGACUUGUACCUCGAUCAUAAUAACAUAGAACAAAUGCCGAGCGAGACCUUCCGUCAUUUAACUUCAUUGAGGACAUUAACUUUGUCACACAAUCAAAUUACUACUUUGGUGCCUCGACUAUUCAGAAUGUUGGCGAAAUUAAUUGUUUUGGAUCUGAGUGAGAACCCUCUCACUGAACUGAACCCAGAAGUAUUUAAGGAUAUUCAACAUUUGCGUAUUUUCAAAUGUAGAGGAUGCCUUCUGAGGCGGGUAAAUACGCAGAUAUAUCAUUUGGCAUCCAACUUGGAGGAACUAGACUUGGGAGAAAAUCAAUUUAAAUAUCUUACAUCAGACGAGUUUAUAAGCUUAAAAAGACUUAAAAAGUUAAGACUCGACGGCAACCAACUAUCCGUAAUCGUGGACAACAUGUUCGGGCGGAAUCGCGAGCUCCGCGUGCUGUCGCUGGCACGCAACCGCCUCGCCCUGCUGGCGCCGGCCGCGCUCGCCAACCUCACCAACCUCACGCACCUAGACAUCAGUCACAACAAAAUAGACAGAUUCCAUUUACAAACGUUCGCACCCGUCGUGGAUUGUUUGAAAACUAUUAACUUCAGCGGAAACAACUUGGUUCUUAAUGAAAUUGCCAUAUUACUGCAAAUAUUGCCCGAAAUUCAUGGCGUCGGACUGGCCAACCUCUCGCUUCCAGAUAUACCACCGAAUUUUUUUACGUACAAUGAGCACCUCGUGGCUUUAGAUAUAUCUUGGAAUAAAUUAACUAAAUUUCCAUACAAACUUCUUACAAAGACUAAGUUUUUACAGAGAUUAGAUAUAUCGCAUAACAAGUUACAAACACUGAGUGAGCUGGAUUUGCAAAGGCUGGAAGCGAUUGCUCAAGUUAAUUUGGCAAAGAACACUUGGCGGUGCGAUCAGUGCUCAGCAGGGACCAUGCUCGUGUACAUGACUACGACAGUGUUGAACUCCACGCUGCGCCAUCUUAGAUGUUAUUCCCCUUUUCGUUUGCGCGGGGUGAGUUUCGCUGAGAUGUCGUUUGACCGUCUAGAUCCAUGUCCGACGACGCACGAGGCACAGAUGAGCGUGAUAGCGGGCCUGAUGCUGGUGUGCGUGGCCGUGCUGGCGGCGGUGGCGGGCGCGCUGUGCUGCACGCGCCGCCGCGCCGCGCACUACUACACCAACGAGGAGAAGCGGCGCGAGCACGAGCACGAGCACCCCGACGAGCUGCUGGGCCACACCGAGCUGGGCAGCGUGGCCACCAUCCACGCGCCCUACCACCUGGUGCCCAAGGGCAGCUAA